CUAACAGUAUAUAUAUUUGUAUGGCAAGUCAUGUGGCUUGCUCACCUCCUGAAUGUAACGCAUGUUGCCUGUGAUAAACAUCAAAGUUAUUUAGGAAGCAAAAGAACUGAAGUUACUGCCAUCAAACCCAGAAAAAAGAAACGUCUGCAGGUAACACCAGGAAAAAGUAUCGCACACGAAGAAUUGGAGAAACCUUCAACAAGUGCUCCUGUAAAUUUUGAAGAUGAUGAACAACAAUGCCAAUCUGUAAAUUAUGACGAUGAUGUACAACAAAGAAGAAACCAUAAGAGAUGUGCAGAAGAUGAAAAUUUUCAGAGCUCAGAUGAUGACUCUAACUUUUUAGAAGAACUUGAAACAGAAGCAGACGAAGAUGAAGCAUUCUCAAAUAAACUUGAAAAAUGACUGAGGUGAGUGAUGAUGGGGCUGUUAUAAAUGCGAUGGAAAAAUCUUUAAAAUCAUGGAGGUGGCCACAGAGAGAAGACCAACUGUUCUAUUCCUGGAGCGAUGUUAUUGGAGCGAUUACUUCGCCCAAACAGAUAUCAAAACGUGGCUUGUUUUCUCUACCAGAGCUAGAUAAGGCAUGGUGAGAGUGAAUUCACACUUUUUUGCAUACUUUUUUAUAAAUAAUUACCUAUAAGUUUUAUGCCACAAAGUUUUGUAUCAUUUUCAAAAAAAAAA